AUGGGUUUGAAAGGUUUUACUGAAGGUGGUAUCGCCUCAAUCAUUGCUGGUGCUUCCACACACCCUUUAGAUUUAAUCAAGGUCCGUAUGCAACUUCAAGGUGAAUCCCACAUCCCAAAUCCAUCUGCUAUACAAUCCCAUCGCCCUGCUUUUGCCUUAAGCUCUACUGCCAACAUUUCCUUACCAACCACCUUGGAAGUCCCUCCUCCACCGCGUAUUGGACCCCUUUCCAUUGGUGUCCGUAUCAUCCAAUCCGAAGGCGCUGCUGCCCUUAUAUCCGGUGUCUCCGCCACCAUCCUCCGCCAAACCCUAUACUCCACCACUCGUAUGGGCAUUUAUGGUGUGCUCAAACACAGAUGGACCGAUCCUGAUACCAAUAACAUGCCACUUGUACGUAAGAUAGUGGCUGGACUGAUCUCCGGUGCUAUCGGGGCUGCUGUUGGGAAUCCUGCAGAUGUGGCAAUGGUCCGUAUGCAGGCUGAUGGACGUCUCCCUAUUGAACAACGUAGAAACUACAAGAGUGUUGUAGAUGCCUUAAGUCAAAUGUCAAAGCAAGAGGGUGUUGCCAGCCUAUGGCGCGGGUCGGGUCUUACAGUCAACCGCGCAAUGAUUGUGACUGCAUCACAGCUUGCAUCAUAUGACCAAGCCAAGGAGAUGAUCCUGGAUAAGGGUUUGAUGAAUGAUGGGAUUGGCACCCAUGUUACUGCAAGUUUUGUGGCUGGAUUUGUGGCUUCUGUUGCUUCAAAUCCAGUUGAUGUGAUCAAGACUAGAGUUAUGAAUAUGAAGGUGGAGCCUGGGGUGGAACCACCUUAUAAGGGUGCACUGGAUUGUGCAAUGAAGACGAUCAAGGCAGAGGGUCCUAUGGCCUUGUAUAAAGGGUUUAUCCCUACAAUUUCAAGGCAAGGACCUUUCACUGUGGUGCUAUUCGUCACAUUAGAGCAAGUCAGGAGAUUACUUAAGGAUUUCUGA